AUGCGAGAACUCGAAGAAGAAUUUGAAAGGAUACAACUCCGUCGACGUCAAUCACAAAUGUCAUUAGAACAAGAAUUUGUCAUACUAUUAGCUGAAUUCAAUGAGCGCAAAGCAGCAAUUGGAAGUAUACAUGAAAAUAAUGUUUCACUUCAAUUCGAAAUAAAUACAUAUCGACGAUUGUUAGAAGGUGUAUCCACCGUCACGAUUACAAAAACACGUGAAAUCGCUCUAAUAUGGUCGAACUCGUCAACUGCUGAUUUUUCUGCGAUUGAUUCAAAAGCAUCGUCUGUCUUGCAAUGGGCAGAAAGUGUAAAGAUUAUGGGAGCCACAAUUUCGCUUCCAACAGCAUUCAUUGGUCCUAAAGGAUGUAGUGGUGUAUUGUUCUCAGCUGUUUAUUACACAUCAAACGAGAGAAUCAUCGUUGGGGCAAGCAUUAGUGAUCAAUUUAAUUUUUACAACUAUGGACAAUAUCAAGUGACGAUCUUUUAUCCGAAUUCAAAAACUGUUAUUGGCACAUGGGCAAUUCAUAUUGAACCUAAAGGUGAAAUUUGCAUGCCAAAACAGUAUAUCAUUCGCGAUUCCAUUAACAACAUCAUUGCUGACGCCACAGUUGAAUUUCUAUUGAAAGGUCAAGUUAUUUUUACUGGUACGAGUGAUAAAGCUGGUAUUGUGAAUUUACCUCGAAAUUUGUCGGAUAACUGUUACGAUGUCAUGAUAAAUACACAUAAAGCUCAAUAUAAAACUGUAAAAUUUCAACGAAUUGUGUUUCAAAACAGAGGAGCAGAAUCAGUUACUUAUUAUAUCUAUCGGCAAAUGCAAAGUGAUGAAGUUGAAUUCCUGUUGACAUGGGGAAAACAACCGAGUGAUCUCGAUUCUCAUAUACGAACAUCUGUUAAUAAAGGUACUCAAAUGCUUGAAGACAAUAACUGUAAUGAUAUAACCAAGAUUAAUAAUAGCACGAAAAAAAAUGUCAUACUAGUAGGUCUAGAACCAAUGGGUAUUGAAAAUCAAGUCAACAGUGGAAUAGUGAACGAAUUAGAUGAUAAGAAAAUUCUUCGUAAAUUGGAUCUUCAUCUUAUCCCAACUAUGACAUUACUUUAUUUACUCAGUUUUCUCGAUCGAGUCAAUAUCGGUCAAGCCAAAUUGAAUGGUCUCACAAUAUCGCUAAAGCUUUCGAGCAUCGAAUAUAAUAUAUGUCUGAGUGUAUUUUUUAUUACAUAUGCCGUUUGUGAAAUUCCAUCAAAUUUAAUUCUAAAAAAGUGUCGACCAAGUCGAUGGAUUCCGUUUACUAUGAUUGCAUGGGGAACUGUUGUGACAUUUAUGGGACUUGUCAAUUCUUACCAAAGUCUUCUAGUUUGUCGACUUCUUUUAGGUGCAACUGAGUCAGGUCUCUUUCCAGGUGCUACCUUUUAUCUAUCAAGUUGGUACAAGAGACGUGAAUUGUCGUGGCGUGUCAGUAUUCUUUUCUCUGGAGCUUCACUAGCUGGUGCUUUCGGUGGAGUUCUUGCUUAUGGAAUCAAUAAAAUGGACGGAUUAGGUAAACAAGAAGGUUGGCGUUGGAUUUUUUAUAUAGAAGGAAUGAUCACUGUUAUUGUUGGAGCACUUGCCUUCUUUCUUAUUAAUGAUUUUCCCACAGAUCGACCCAAGUUUCUCAGUGAACAAGAAUGCAAUCAUGUACUUGUUCGUCUACGAACUGAUGCUGGACCAGGCGCCAGUGAACAUUUUAGUUGGAUUCAAGUUUACUCGGCAUUUUCAGAUUGGAAAAUCUACAUUUGGUCAUUAUGCUUACUUGGUAUAUCAGUACCAAUCUUUUCACUUUCUCUUUUCUCACCAAGCAUUGUACUAAGUCUUGGAUUCGUUACCUAUCAAGCUCAACUUCUCACAACACCACCAUACGCAUUUGCAUUCAUCACUACAAUGACUACAGCUUAUUUUUCUGACAAAUAUGCCCAUCGUUCGAUGUUUAUUCUAUUAUGUCCACAUACAAAACGAGCUACUGCACUAGCAUUUAUGUUAUCUGUAGGAAUUAUCGGUGGAGUUAUUAGUGGUCAAUUAUAUAGAUCGCAAGAUGCACCUCAUUUUAUUCUCGGUCAUGCAAUCAAUCUUGGUUUUUGUACAUUGAGUUUGAUUGCUCUAACUAUCAUUUUAAUCGGUCUUCAUAUGGAAAAUCGACGACGUGAUCGCUUGUAUGGAUCGAUCGGUAGUCCGACAAUGCAAUCAGUCAUUAAUAAAGAUCAAAUGACAACGGAUGUAUUUGGAAUAGAGAUACUCUGUAAUUUUUAUUUUACUGUAAAUACCACCGAUUUAUAUUGGAACUGUUUCUCUUCUUUUCAUAUAUUCUCUAGAACUGAUUAG